GGCGUGUCUAACCAUCCUGCGCCUAGCCCUACAGUACAGUUUCUGUACCUAUGAUGGAGUUUCAAUUUCUCCCUUAGAUAUUUUUGUCUUCUAAUUUGACCACAAUUAACCAAUAAAAUUGAUCUAUCUAGGGUUAGGAGGUGUGGAUCCGCUCAGAAUUUUAACCGAUUAUAAUCUUCCAAAGAUUAGGGUUUCCCACCUGUGUUCAUUGCCGCCACUACUCAUACAUACAACCAAAGAUACUAGUUAUAUUUUACAAACAUAUCUGAUCUGCUGAAAUUUUAUUGUUUUUACUUUGUAAAUCGCAUUUUCGUGAAGAAGAAAGGAACAUUUUCAUUUUGAUAUCAGAUAUCACUCUUUUUCAUUUUUCAGGCAAUUGGGCGUUUUUUUUUUUUUUUUUUGUGUCAAUUGUCAGAAUUUAAGAGUGAAUUUUGGUCCUUGAAUUCUUGUGGGAUCGGGGACUAGGGUUCUUCUGCUGUUGGGUGAAUAGUUUUCCUUGUAUUUUUAGAAAGGAAGUUUUUUAUUGGGUUUAUAUCUGGGGCAGUUGAAGAAUGGAUAAGAAGAAGGUUGUAGCUCCAUUGGUUUGCCAUGGACAUUCACGUCCAGUUGUGGAUUUGUUCUACAGCCCGAUAACGCCUGAUGGUUUCUUCCUUGUUAGUGCAAGCAAGGACUCAACGCCGAUGUUGAGAAAUGGAGAGACUGGUGACUGGAUUGGUACCUUCCAAGGGCAUAAGGGUGCUGUGUGGAGUUGUUGCCUGGAUAAGCAUGCUCUACGUGCUGCCUCUGCAUCUGCGGAUUUUUCUGCGAAAUUAUGGGAUGCAUUAACUGGGGACGAACUGCACUCGUUUGAGCACAAGCACAUAGUUCGUGCUUGUGCCUUCUCAGAGGAUACCCACCUUCUGCUAACUGGAGGAAUGGAAAAAAUCCUUCGCAUUUUUGAUUUAAAUAGGCCUGAUGCACCUCCCAGGGAAAUUGAGAAGUCUCCUGGUUCAGUCAGAACUGUUGCUUGGCUCCACAGUGAUCAAACAAUCUUAGGUUCCUGUACCGAUAUGGGUGGGGUGAGGUUGUGGGAUGUGAGAACUGGCACAAUUGUCCGGACACUUGAGACCAAAUCCUCUGUAACCAGUGCUGAAGUGAGUCAAGAUGGCCGCUAUAUAACCACUGCCGAUGGGUCAACUGUUACGUUCUGGGAUGCAAAUCACUUUGGGUUGGUAAAGAGUUAUGACAUGCCCUGCAUUGUGGAAUCAGCUUCAUUGGAGCCAAAGUAUGGUAAUAAGUUCAUAGCUAGUGGAGAAGACAUGUGGAUUCAUGUAUUCGAUUUUCACACAGGAGCAGAAAUCGGUUGCAACAAAGGCCACCAUGGUCCUGUGCACUGCGUGCGUUUCUCACCGGGAGGUGAAUCUUAUGCCUCUGGAUCUGAAGAUGGGACUAUUAGAAUAUGGCAGACUGGUCCUCAAAAUAAUACCAACCAAGAGACUUCGGGUUCCAAUGGACCUAUCCAGAAUGUUAAAGAUGCAGCAGAUGAGGUUGCUCGUCAGAUUGAGAAUGCGCAUAUUGCCGAAGAAGAUAAGACCGUCAGUGAAAAGGCACAGGCUGGAUAAACAAUAUAUUGUGUUUUAAUGUGUUUGAUAUAGUUUUUGCCUGAGUCAACGGGUUGUAUUGGUGGCGUAAAUGUUCAGCGAUUUGUCUUUUGAAAUAAAGAUGAAGCUUAAUCUUGUUAUCUUUUACAUCCCUUGUGAAAAAAGUGUGAUUGAAUGUGCAUCUUUUGUUUAUUUUAUGAUUGAA